AUGACCAACGAUCAGGAGACUUAUCGCUGUGCGCUUCCAGACACACCGCCCCACAUCAGCUAUGGCAUACCCUUUUACGAGUCAUGUGCCAAACACGUCAACGAGACCUUCGAUGCUAAACGUGUAUACAUAAUCGCAUCUGGAUCUCUAUCUCGCGAUACCGACAACAUCACGAAGCUGGAAGAUGCUUUGGGUGACAAGGUGGCUGGCGUCUGCCGAGGCAUGACUCCUCACACGUUAUGGUCUGAAGUUCUCGAGAUUACACAUGAAGCCCGUGAAGCCAAGGUCGAUUUGAUUAUUACAUGCGGCGCUGGAUCCCUGACAGAUGGAGCAAAGGUCAUAGCAUUGGCGCUUGCAAAUAAUGCUUCCAACGCAGAUGACUUGGACACCAUGCACCUGGGUAGAAACCACAAUGUAAUUCACACAGAGAUCAAGGCUCCAACUAUACCCAUUGUCAGUAUCCCAACCUCCCUCUCCGGCGGUGAAUACACACGAGGAGCCGGCGCAACCGACGAUCGCAACCAUCGAAAACGACUCUUCCGCGAGCCUUGUCAAGGGCCUCUCCUUGUCAUCCUUGACCCGCAGCUCACAACAACCACGCCAGAUUCCGUCUGGCUAUCCUCUGGUAUCCGCGCAGUAGACCACUGCGUCGAAGCAAUGUGCUCACUCUCCUCCACCCCUUCCGCUGUUAAACGAGCUACCAAAGGCUUGAAAGCUCUUGUGCCAGGUUUACUCCGCUGCAAAGCCAACAAAACAGAUCUAGAAGCCAGACUCGCAUGUCAAUUAGGCGUCAUCGACGCCAUUGCUGCUGUCUUUGUCGAAAAAGUGCCGUUGGGUGCUAGUCAUGGGAUCGGUCACCAACUCGGUCCUCUGGGUGUUGGACACGGAGAGACUAGCUGUAUCAUGCUACCUGCAGUAUGCAAAUACAACUUCCCCAUAAAUUCAGCACAACAGAAUAACGUCAGCAAAAUAUUCUGGGACGACGAGAUGGUCAAGAACGUCCUACACAACCACGGCUUGAAAGAGCAAAAAGCAGAUUUGAGCGAUUGUUUGAAAGCCAUCAUCAAAGAGCUCGGUUUACCGGGAAGCUUGGAAGCUUGGAAGCUGUAG